AUGACGGAGAACUCGGACAAAGUGCCCAUUGCCCUGGUGGGUCCCGAAGACGUUGAAUUUUGCAGUCCUCCGGCGUACGCCACGGUCACGGUGAAGCCUGCCAGCCCCGCGCGGCUGCUCAAAGUGGGAGCCGUGGUCCUCAUCUCCGGGGCGGUGCUGCUGCUCUUCGGGGCCAUCGGGGCCUUCUACUUCUGGAAGGGGAGCGACAAUCACAUUUACAAUGUCCAUUACACCAUGAGUAUCAAUGGGAAAUUACAAGAUGGGUCAAUGGAAAUAGAUGCUGGGAACAACUUAGAGACCUUUAAAAUGGGAAGUGGAGCUGAAGAAGCAAUUGAAGUUAAUGAUUUCCAGAAUGGAAUCACAGGAAUCCGUUUUGCUGGAGGAGAGAAAUGCUACAUCAAAGCGCAGGUGAAGGCUCGCAUUCCUGAGGUGGGCACCAUGACCAAACAGAGCAUCUCCUCUGAACUGGAAGGCAAGAUCAUGCCAGUUAAAUAUGAAGAAAAUUCCCUUAUCUGGGUGGCUGUAGAUCAGCCAGUGAAGGACAGCAGCUUCCUGAGUGCUAAAGUCUUAGAACUCUGUGGUGACCUUCCUGUUUUCUGGCUUAAACCGAUGUAUCCAAAAGAACAAGUUGAGUCAUUACUGACCGGCAGUCAUGGUUUAUUCAGCAUCGAGAGACCCAGAAUGCAGCAGGAAGGAGAAAGCAUGACAUUCGACCCUAGACUGGACCAUGAAGGAAUCUGCUGUAUAGAA